AUGUCCGACUACUCUGGCUCACCGUCCGACCAUACGGAGUCCCAGCCACCGAAGCGCAAAGCGACUACAGCCGGCCUGGAUGGAAACACAACUGGACGCUCCGUAAAACGAAGAGCAUCAAAAGCAUGUCAAUGCUGUCGAGCUCGAAAGGUUCGAUGCAACGUCACAGAGCAUGGUGCACCUUGCACAAACUGCCGAUUGGACGAAGUCGACUGUGUUGUGUCUGAGAGUAGGCGUAAGAAGAAAUGGAGUAAAGACGACGAACCGCAAACAGAGACUACGACCACCCCAUCGAAUGUGACCCGCAAGCUUGCAUCGCGCGAUGCUCUCGACAGCGCGCAGUCACUCAAGCCUGCUCCAUCGCGCGGAUCGCAAGACGCAGAGAUACGCAUGAACGAGCAUAUUCCUCACUCCAUAUAUCAAAGUCAUGGACAUCGCAACUUUUCCGUUCCAAACAUUUCAAAUGUACACCGCCGCAUGUCUGUAACUUCACAAAUCAACGGCCUACCAACGUUUCCUUUCACACCUUUCUCAAACGAUGAUGGAAAACCAUUCCUCAGUAACUUUGGCCAACAGCUGCCUUCAGGCCAUCUACCUCGAUUCAUCAAGCCUCUGCCAAACAAGAUCGGCCCUGAAGAAAUCUCUUAUCUGGAGAAGAAGGGCGCUUUGACUGUACCUAAAGGAACACUGCGCAGCGAGAUGCUUCGUGUCUACAUCGAAUUUGUCCACCCAUACAUGCCACUCCUGGAUCUGCACGACUUUUUGACAAUCAUUGACCGAUCAGAUGGAAGCAAAGGAAAAGUCAGCUUGAUACUUUUUCAAGCUGUCAUGUUCGCUGGGUCGGCAUUUGUCGAUAUGUCACAUCUGCGUUCUGCAGGUUACGCUACUCGGAAAGAGGCUCGCAAAGAUUUCUUCCAAAAGACUAGAAUCUUGUACGAUUUCGACUACGAAUCUGACCGAGUGUCGUUGGUGCAGGCCUUGCUUCUCCUGACGUAUUAUUACGAAACACCUGAUGACCAAAAAGACACAUGGCACUGGAUGGGUGUGGCUACGUCGGUAGCGCAUACCAUUGGACUCCACCGCAACCCAGACAACGCCAAUCUGGACACCAAGCGUGCCAAGUUGUGGAAACGCAUUUGGUGGUCGACCUACAUGCGAGAUCGCCUCAUCGCUCUUGGCAUGCGGAGACCGACACGCAUAAAGUCCGAGGAUUUCGACGUGCCAAUGUUGACUUUGGAUGACUUCGAGAUCGCGCCGAUUCCCGACUCCGUCACAUGUGUUCCAGCUGAUUGUCGGGUUGCCCGAGAUGUCGAUGUUCAGCGUCAAUUGGCGAUCAUGUGCAUCGAGAAGGCACGACUUUGCCUUUGCAUAUCACACGUGCUGUCUAAGCAGUACUGUGUUCUGAACAACAACCAGGGUCUUCAGAACGAUCGAACGACAAUGAUGCUGUUGCCGAAGAAACUUGACCCUGCGACAAGCGAAGUCAAGACCUGUGACGAAGAGCUCCAGAAGUGGGUGAACGAAAUGCCGGAAGAUGCGAGAUACACCGACAAGCCUUCGGGAGAGGCAGCUAUCGACCUGGCGCGCUCACUGCUACACAUGGUCUUCUUUACUACCUUGUCCGCUUUGCAUAGACCCCAGGUUCUACCAAGCUCGCAAGGUGGUCCGGCCAGCGCACCCGCUAAGGGUGGCGUAGAACCGGACAUACUUGAUGCCUCACGACGCAACGUUCGACGUGCCGCUUCGGCAAUCACAUCGAUAGCGCAACGCCUCGACACCAGCGGGCUGGUCAAAUACCUACCUACCACUGGUGUUACAGUCCUUCUCCCGGCCAUCAUAAUCCACCUCUUGGACAUCAAAGCACCAGAGGAAGAAACACGUCGUAGCUCUCUCCGCGGCUUCUGCCAAUGCAUGGCCGUCAUGGGCAAGCUACGUGAUCUAUACGCCGCCGCCGACUACUCCGUUGCCUUUCUCGAAGCUGCGAUCCGAAAAGCUGGCAUUCACGUCGCCCCGACCUCGAUACAGGCCUCGUCGAUGCCCAAGACCAACCCCGCAACUUCUGUAGAAGACCUUGUCCACGCUGACCGCCGUCUCAACAUGGCCAACAGCACCAGCAGCGUUCAGCAGCAGCGCUCGACCCUCACUCCGCCUCCCGACGCCGGAACAACCUACAUGGCGAUCCUCGAGAAGAUGCCCGGCCACGAGCCAAACGUCACCGACGAAGAAGUUGCUCGCCGCCUCGAAACCUUCCUCGCCUCCACCCCACCGGACUCGGAUCACGAGCACCACGACCACGCCAUGACAUCCAUCACAAUCUCACAAGACCCACCUCUCGCGCUCGCUACUGCGCCCGGAGACAUUACCUCCUCCCACCACCACAGCCAUAACUCUAACGAUGCAUUCAAUAAGUGGAGCAUACCUGACCUCGCACCCAACUCAUUCCUGAACAUCAACCACCACCAAGACAACGAGAGGCUGUUCUCUAGUCUUCCCCUGAACAACGAGUUUGAUGACGGAGAUUUCGAUUCCCUGCUCAACCUCGACGCCGUGGGCGAGACAUUUACCUUUGACGACGGCGCGCUUGACAACGGCGCGAGUUUGACUGCGGAACUAGGUGACGUCGACUGGCUCAGCACCACGCACGGGCUGACGGUCGACGGAUGA